UUGUUCAAUGUCCUACCCUAACAAGAACUUCACGAAACUUCGUAGACAGGGGGCAGUGAAAUUGCGUGCUCGUUAGAAGGUUUUAGAAUGGCAAAGAAAAAAGAAGGUAUUAAAUUCCAUUUUAUCUGAUCAUGCGUUUUGCACUAGACAGCUAGAUCAGGUGACGUUCGAAACGUUUGUUUGGUCGCGUGAUCUAAAUAUAUGAUGCAGAGCUUCCCGUUUCAUAUUUCAAGAAGUUGAUGAUUGAACAACAACAGGCUUAAAAUCUGCUCUGAAAUGGGGGAUUCAUUAGAACUCGAUCUGGAAAAUUGGAUGGCACAACUGCCAACAAACCUUCAAUGUGUUCCUGUCAAUAAGCUGGCAAUACCGGGAUCACACGAUUCGGGGGCAUUUUAUCUUGACAAGACCUCGAAAAUAGCUCCUGAUGAGUCAAAGGCCAUUACAACUCUUGUAAGAAUUUUUGGUCAAUGCGCAAAGAAUAUCGUCUACAAAUGGUCAAUAACACAAACAUUGAGUCUGCACCAGCAGUUAGCGAAUGGUGUGAGGUAUUUUGAUUUGCGUGUUGCAUAUGAAGAUGCCUCUAAGGAGUACUGUUUUGUACAUGGGUUGUACGGACAAGCAUAUCAAGCAAUUUUCAGCGAAAUGAAACAGUUUUUAGAUAAACAUCCGAAGGAGGUAGUCAUACUCGAUUUCAAUCACCUCUGGGGUUUUACAGAGAAAGAUUGCUCGACGUUUUUGGAAAUAAUCGAGAAAAGUUUUGGUGAUGUACUUUAUGGUCCAGGUACAAAAAGUACAAACUGCUGUCUUAAGGACUUGUGGGAUGCAAAGAAACAGAUAAUUGCUCUUUAUGAUAACGAAGAAGCUAUAAAAAAGAACCCAAAUUUCUGGCCACGGAGCACAAUUUAUUCUCCUUGGUAUGAUACAGCCAACAUCACUGAUUUAUUGAAUCAUUUGAAUGGCCGGUUUGACACCCUGAAGGAGGAUUGUUACAAUGUAUUUCAGGCUAUUCUUUCCCCCCAAACAUCUACUAUAGUCCUUCACUUGGCUAAUGGUAGUUUGAAAACCACUUUGGCAGAAAAUUGUGACAAAAUGGUGAGUUCCUGGUUAAAGAAAGUUCAUGAUGAGAAGAAGAAAGGAAUUAAUAUAGUAAUUUGCGAUUUUGUUGAUCUCCUUGAAUUUGCCAGAAAGGUUGUUUCAUUAAAUUACAUGUAAUCCAAAUUAUAUAAAACAAUUUCAGCUAGACUGAAAAUUUUGAUGUAUGAAUUGAUCUUAUUGUUUUUAUUCAAUAUAUAUAGAAAUUUUUAUCAAGAAAAUAAAUGUUUGAACUAGAUAAUUUUUUUAUAAACUAUAUUUUUAGGCAAGUAUGUAUAUUAACAAUAGUUUUGCAUCUUAGAUCUUUUGCGAAUGCAACAUUAAACAACUUUGGAAAAGCACUCAAAAGCUUUUUUGGUGGGCAACCAUCUAUCAAUUUGACUUGCUACAUGACCAUUUGCUUUAGAAUCUGGGUAGCCUGAUUUUCAAUUUCUUGAUACCCAGAUAAACCACUGAAUCAAUGACAGAGAAGAAGAUUGGUGUGCCUUAUUUUCUCCUUAAAAAAAUUCAAAUGGAGGCUGUAAGCUAAAGCAAGGCCUUUGUUGAUAGGUGCAAUGUUUUUUUACCUAUGAUGUUCUAGGUAAAACAAUGCUGUCAGGUGUCAUAUAAAUAGUUAGGAUGAAUGUGUGAUGAAUGCUUGAAGUGUGAUUGUAUGUAUCAAGACUGACCUGAGGAAUCAUAAACGUAAGGUGCACACACUUAAGUAAUAUAUAAUUUUAGACAUAAUUUGAGGAAAAAAGGCAAAAAGUCAGGUUAGGAGAGGCAAAAAGUCUGGGGCCUGUGCUCCAAUGGGGCCCGUAAUAAUGUUACAAGAUCUAUCUAUGAUGCAAAAAAGCUAAUAUUCCAGCUACUUAUAAACAGAAUAAUAACUUGUAAGUUUAUUGCAGAGAAAUAUCCACAUUUUCUUGAUUCAUGUAAAAUGUUUUUGCACAUUCCUGUGAAAAUCCUUGAAAAACUUUUUCAACAAUUGUAACUAAAAAGGGCAUUUCCCGAAUUCUCUUAAAACUGAAGGCCGUGGCCACAGGAAAUUUUCUUAAGGGGGUCCAGUUAUGUGAAUCAACCCUGGGCCAAGCUGGCUCUUGAUGGCCCUGCAUAUUAUAUAUUGGUUUAGUUUUUGGAAUUUAGUUAGUUUAUGAUGGAAGAAAACAUUGCACUGCAACCCCCUCUACCAAAUAUUUUCAAAUCAAUUUACUCAUAUAUAGUUAACUAAACAUGAAGUAGCAUGUGCCUUACUCUGCCAUCAUCAUUUUUUUUAUUUUUCAUUAUUAGAGAGAACUAUGAAAUAUGAAAAUUGUAUCAAUAAUGAAUAUUUAUGUAAAUAUUGAACUUGAAUGUUUUUAUUUUGAACAUUAAUUUAUUUUCACUUGGUAACAUUAUGUUUUGAAUCACAUGAAGUAAUUCAAAGUAUAUGUUUACCUACUGGUAUUGUAAUUUCAUGUAGUGAUCAAACUUUAUGCCUUUCAA